GUAUCAGCAGCGCGGGAAGCUGUACUCGCGCGCACGAGGAUCUCAUCUCACUGACAUCCUUCCAUCUCUGACUGAAAAUACCAAAGGACCCCUGCCCUCGAAAUCUCGUUUUCAUGACUUGAAUGUUAUAUUUUGUAAAGUUUAAGUGCGUCAUUCGCCUCUGAACAAAUGUUUUAUUGAUUUUCUAUAGAAAUAACGAUCGUUUAUUAUCUGAGGAGAUCGAACUGCCGGUGUCCUGACGCACGAACGGACGCGCGCGAGCUUAUCAGGAGGCGUCAAGCGCGAGCGCCGUUAUUCUUAGUUGGAUAUCGCACUUGAGCGCACACUUUUUCGGUAAUAUUACGGUGAUCCGUGUGAACAUGUGAAGCUGACAUAUUCUAGGAAUGGCUCUCCAAAAGGUGCCCAACAACUACAGAUUUCGCAUUAAACUGCAGACUCUAUCUUCAUAAGCCUACAAUACAUACUACAGAACACUGCCAAAAUGGGCACAGAAUGGACAUUUAUGUCCAAUCCCAACAUGUCCCUCCCUGAUCGCCUAUUCAAUAAUAGUUUCUUCCCCGGGAACGAGUCUGAUUUUGGUCUGGAGAUUUCCAAUAGCACCGACCCUGGCAUCAACCCAACCAGCUCAGCAGUCAUCACAUUCGUGUACUUCGUCGUCUGCGCAGUGGGGCUCUGUGGGAACGCCCUGGUCAUUUACGUCGUCCUGCGCUACGCCAAGAUGAAGACCGUCACGAAUAUUUACAUACUGAACCUGGCCGUGGCAGAUGUCCUGUGCAUGCUGAGCUUGCCUUUCAUCGCCAUUCAGCUCUUGCUGCUCCACUGGCCCUUUGGAUCGGCGAUAUGCCGCAUCGUCCUAACCAUGGACUCCAUGAACCAGUUCACCAGCAUCUUCUUUCUGACGGUCAUGAGCUUCGAUCGAUACCUGGCCGUGGUGCAUCCCAUUAAAUCCACCAAAUGGCGAAAGCCGCGCAUGGCCAAAACCAUCAGCCUGGCCAUGUGGGUCAUCUCUCUGCUGGUCAACCUGCCGAUUAUGAUCUACAGCGGAGUGAAUGCUAAAAAGAACGAGUCCCGGACUUGUAACAUGUUGUGGCCAGAGCCACAGAACACCUACUACACCGUUUUCAUCUUCUACACCUUCUUCUUGGGGUUUUUCUUACCGCUGAUAGUCAUCUCCAUGUGCUACCUGCUCAUCGUCAUAAAGGUGAAAUCCUCUGGCAUGCGAGUCUGCUCCAGCAAACGAAAGCGCUCGGAGCGGAAAGUCACCCGUAUGGUGUCUAUCGUAGUAGUGGUGUUCGUCUUAUGCUGGCUACCUUUCUACGUCUUCAACGUGACCUCUGUGACCGGAACCGUUCCCACCACACCUGUGCUGAAGAGCACCUUUGACUUCGUGGUGGUGCUGGGAUACGCCAACAGCUGCGCCAACCCCAUCCUCUACGCCUUCUUGUCAGACAACUUCAAGAAGAGCUUCCAAAAUAUCCUGUGUCUUAAAAGAGUCGGGGGCUUGGACGAGAUCGAGCGCAGCGACAGUCGACAGGACAGGACUCGGAUGGUCAACGAUGUCAUGACGGAAACGCACAACACCACGCUGCUCAACGGAGACCUUCAGACCAGCAUCUGAAGAGGAGAUAAAUGUCUACUGAGAUUAGAUGUUACAUGAAAGAGUUCCACUGAAAGUCUCCGAUCACAUGCGGUGGGAGAGAUUUAGUAUUUAAGAACAACAAUAAAUACCUAAACCACAUUUGGGUGAGCUCAAUCUGCUGUGACUCAACUGAUGUAUUUAAGUGAUGAGCAAAUGAAUGUCAUUUACUGUAAAUAACUCUAGUUGCUCUGUUUGGUGUUACUGUCUGAAGAAAUUCUAAAGUUGUUGUGUUUAUUAUGAGUGUAUGUUCAGUGUCUUUAAUGUUCAAAGAUAAGCCCUCAUUGGAUAAACAUGAUUUCAAUCUGUUCGUGCAAACACAAGGCCAAGCUUGUUCAUUGCUUCUUAUUAUUCAAGGCUUUUUGUGACGGCGAAUACAAGACGAGUGAGUGAUGCUCGACAAGGCUGCAUAGAAAAGGUCUCCGAAAUCUAAACAAAGAUGUACAUUUCUUUGGCAUAUUUAUUUGUUGCUAUGCUUAGAAUAUCUUGUUUACAUUUAAAAAUGUUCCCUUGUAAAAUUUUGCCUCUGGUUCCCAUAGAGUUUUAUUUUGGUAGAGGAAAUGUACUUAAAGUUCAGUGGAGAGCUGGGGGAGAGAUGGGCUCGGUUACAAAACUUAGUAUCCUUCCCAUCUAAACAACAUUUUCAGGCAAAAGUGUAUGCAGCAGCAUUAAAGAUACCUACAUCUUGGCCAGUAUUUAUACAGUACCUUUCACGAAAAAGGCAGUGCUAAAAUGCACAGUGAAAACAAAAAUCAAAUGAAAAAAAGACAACUUUAUCCUUUAUUAUGUUAUGUGUUUUUAUGCUUAUUAGAGGAUUGUUGUGCCAUCUCACAAACCAAUUCGUACGAA